ACGAGUUUGCACGCCCGUCGUCAGGUCGACGUAGCGGAUCAUCGCAUCCGACGGGUUUCACACGACACGAGCUUCAUGCCGUCCAUGGGUCUCCGCGGAAGAUAGCUUUAACCAGCUGAAAGAGGGUAUUACAUGAUGGCCAAAAUUGAUGGAGCAGGUCUUGGAUAUUCAUAUCAUCUGCCUUCAGCUGGAUGGGGAUUAAAAAUUCGCAGUACGUUAUCACAAUUUAGUGACCUGUUCAGUGAGUUCAAUCGAUACAUUGCUCCAGCAUACCAUCAUGACCGGUGUGAAAGGUCAGUUCAGAUGCGACUGUAUUCUAUGCACAAGAGGGAAUUUGUCAUGGUAUUCCUUGCAUUCUUUGCAUGUUUUGGACUUGGGGUCUUCAUUGGUUUGGCAGGACCACCAAUUACGAGUACAACAGAAGAAAGAGUUCGCCUGAAUGCAAGUGACUCAGCAAAUCGAGCUUUCAUUAUGAGGAGUCCUGCAAUGACUACGUACAGCCAACAGUUGUGGGUUAUUGCCAAGGUGUCCACUGAAAACACUGACGAUGAGACUUUUGACAAGACAUUCCAUGUCAGUGUUUCUAUUGAAGGUUUAACUGCAGACCAUAAACCUGUCACCAUACUACACAGUGACAGGGCCCACAACAGAACACGCCAUCUGAAAUGUAAACGGCAGGACUGUGAAGAAUUCAUUGUCCUGCAUCUUGGAUUUCUUGAUUAUACACACUACAUCCUAACCAUCCAUUUCUAUGGCCUUGAAAGUUUUCAUCAGCGUUACACAAUCCGUGAUGUAACAUUCUAUUUCAAGAGCUACAAUCCUGCCUUCACUCAGAUUGAAAUCUGGUUUCGUUUUAUUUUCUUACUUAUUACAUUUGCUGUCACAUGUUGGUUUGCUCAUUCUCUUCGGGCAUUCCCAGUCUUUGAUUGGUCGAUAGAACAGAAAUGGAUGUCAAUUCUUCUGCCCCUUCUGUUGUUUUAUAAUGAUCCUAUUUUUCCUAUGACAUUCUUAGUCAAUUCCUGGUUACCAGGAAUGCUGGAUGCUGUUCUACAGGCUAGUUUCCUGUGUGCAUUGCUGCUUUUCUGGCUGUGUAUGUACCAUGGCCUCAGGCAGAAUGAACGACGACUUCUAACAUUCUAUUUUCCAAAAAUGGUAAUAGUUGGUAUGUUGUGGUUCUCAGCCAUUACUAUGGCCACGUGGCAAAAGAUAAAUGAAGUACAAGAUCCAACGUACAGUUACAAGUUGGACACUAGCCACUUUUAUGGUUUCAAGGUUUUUUUCUUCAUAGCAUGUGGUGUCUAUUUACUGUACCUGGUGUGCCUCAUAUUGAGGGCAUACAGUGAACUUCGUGCCAUGCCUUAUUUUGAUAUGCGGCUCAAAUUUUUGACAUUGUUGAUGCUUAUUGUCUUGGCAGUAAGUCUUACAAUAACUGUACUUAGAUUUGGAGUAGGUAUACUGGAAGAUAAUUUUGUCGCAGAAUUAUCUACCAACUACAAGAAUUCUGCAGAAUUUAUGUCAUUUUAUGGCCUCCUCAAUUUCUAUUUGUAUACAAUGGCAUAUGUGUAUUCUCCUUCAAAAGGAACAAUAUUUGAAUCUCCCAUUACCAAAGAUAAUCCAGCAUUUUCCAUGAUAAAUGACUCUGAUGAGGAUGUUAUUUAUGGAUCUGAUGAGGAAAGUAGAAGACCACUUAAUCGUUGCAGAAAUGAUGAUGACAGUGAUUGAUUGAGAAUUUUUUACUGCUAUUUGAUUAUUACCU